AUCGUAAUUGAUCUGUGCCCUGUGGUCUCUCAUAUUACAAAAUAAAAAAAUCGAAACAAAACAUAUCCUAUUCCUUUAUAAUAGCUUCUAAUACAAUUUUAAUUCUCAAUAGUAUGUAUUGAUAAAUACAAAAAUGGCACACAGUCUAAGGCAGACUACUAUUUAUCGUCCCUUACAUAUAGUACGAUAUUAUUGUCAAGGCGAACCAAAUUCUUUGUAUGAGAAACAUGAAAAAGGCGAGCAGCCAAGAAAAGUGCAUGGCCAACUAUAUCCUGAGUGGCGAAAACCUUGGCAUAAGAGGGAAGGUGAAACAAUUAGUAAAAUAAAUAUUUUCGUUGAAAAAAACCCAAGUAUGAAUAUACUUAAUGCCAUGCAAAAAAUCCCUAAUCUCACAUUUGGAGACGUAAAAGAUUGGUGGAAAGACAUGAAAGAAAUUCAGGAAAUAGAAAAUCAAAAGUUUUUGCCAGAUAGAGUUACAGCUUUGGGUAGCAAUUUGGCUGCGGUACACUUUUUCACAUAUCGUCAUUGUUCUGUUCGGCUCAAAGAUUCGAAGGAGUGGAUUUCUGGAGAUGUUAUGACUCUCAAUCUACCUAGUACUUUCGUCAGCGGUUAUUUUGUAGAAGCUGUUGAUUGCACAAAAUUCCACUACAAUGGUAUCAGGUAUGAGGGUAUUAAAAAUCUGACUGGUCUUAACUUUUUAAAAUGGCUUUCAUUGAGAAACAAUAAAUUUAUUGAUGUUUGGUGUCUAGAUCGAUUAGCAGGACAGAAUGGAAAUACUCUAGAAUUUCUUGAUAUUGUUGGUUGUAAUAUAUGUGUAGGUUCAAUAUUUGCUUUAUCAAGAAUGUCAUCUCUCAAGUUUUUAGUCCUUAGUGAUCCUGGAGAUAAUAUGGAAUUACAGGCAGCCUUAUCUAUGCUUGAAGAAGAUAAACCUGGUUUAUUAAUAAAAACUAUACCAAAACCUGAAAGUGAAAACUUAGAUUGAUGCAUAUUAGUUUUGAAAAUAAUUUUAGUACUAUUACUAUUUUAUAGAACAUAGCAGAUUUUAUUUUUUAAUUAAUGUUGGUACUGCAGGCUGAAUUUAUUACUUGUUAAGUAAAUAAAUGAAACACACAAAUGU